UUUUAUGGUUUUUGGGAUUCGUCUCCCCCUCUUCUCUUGUAAUUUUUUACUUCAUCGAGCGUGGAGAGACACGUUACACUUUUUUGUACAAGAAUUGUUUAUUGAUAGUUUGAAGUUUGUAUUAUUUGUCGAACAAAGAAGAAUUCCAUCUCCAUUCCCCCCCCCCCCCCCAAAAAAAAAUAGUUUAUAAGGAAAUAAUCCGAUUAAAAAAUAAAUAUUUUUGUUACUUUUUAACAAAAGGAUUAGAAUUAUAAAUUGACUAAAAUUUGAGAGAAUUCCCCGCGAAAUUUUUGUAUAAACUUGGGGAGACAUUUUUAUUUUUUCUGCUUGUGAAGGGAAAUGAAUAAGAGUCAUGAGCAAGUGUUGUCCAAACAAAAAUCUGUUGGGUUGCCUAUUGUUGAAGGUGCAAAACCUUCGGAUUCAAUAAAUGUAAAUGUUGUAAAAACACUUGAAGAAGGGGAUUAUCAAUAUGCCAAAGCUUUAUGUGAAGAUAAUACAAACUGGGAAAUUGAAUUUGAAGGAAAGAAAACUAAAGUAUGGAGCCGUAAAUUGCCGGAUUCUCCACUUCAAAUGUACAAAUCUAAGAAUGAAUUUAAAGAUGUUCAAGCUGAUGUCUGUUAUGAUGUUUUGCAGGAUUCUGAUUAUCGAUAUAAAUGGGAUAAGUAUUUGAUGACUACAACUCGAAUUGGCUACUUGGAUCAAAACAAUGAUGUGUGCUACUAUACAGUUGGUUCUCUUCCACCCUUUCGCAAUCGUGACUUUGUGUUGCUACGUUCAUGGGCUGAUUUGGGCAAAGAAAAGUUUAUUUUGGCACAUUCUGUUUGGCAUGAUAAAUUUCCGCCUACCAAAGACUACAUUAGAGGAACAGUUUAUUUAACAAUUAAUUAUGUGAAGGCAUUGGAAAAAGGGGGGUUACGUCAUAGCGGAAAAGUACCGGAAAAAGGAUGUCAAUUUACUUAUUUAACUUUGGUUGACCCUAAAGGAAAAUUGCCAAAUUGGCUAAUUAAUCGAGUAACAAAAACAAUCGCCCCCAGACUUUGUAAAAAACUGAGAAAGGCGUGUCUAGGCUAUGACCGGUGGAAGAGAAAACAUAAAAAGACUGAGGAAAGCAAUUUUUGGAGAAUUAAGGAAAUGAAGGAUAUGACGAUCCCAAAAUUGGAGCUGGCUGAUUGUGUUUAUAAGGGUGAAGAAAUUUCUGAAGAGUGGCCUGAUGAAAGUGGAAUACAACCCAAUGCUGUUGAUGAUGAAGAAAAGGAAGAGGAAGAAGAAGAGGAUGAAGAAGGUGGGAAGAAGUAAAAGAGGAGAGGAUGAAAGAUCUUUUAAAUAUAAAAAAUUGAAGAUAAUAAAUUGGUUACAAUCUCUCUACUGGAAUUUUCCAAAAGGCGACAUUAAAAAAGUGUUCCCCCACAAUUUUCAAUUUUCCUAUUUUUCCAGAUUUUCGGUAAUUUCCCGCUAUUUUUAUGAAUUACAUUUUAAUAGCAUUUUACGCAUUUUCUAUUGUUAGGAAGGACUGGACAAUUUUCUCAAAAACCUUUUUUCCUUUUUUGUGUUCGGCAUCGAUUGUCACCUACCUCUUACCUCUCUUUUGGGGCCAGUCUUGUUUA